AGGUGCAUCAAGUUUUGAAGACUGGUAAACAUGGUGAAGACGUCAUAAUUUCAUGGAAGCUGUAUGGAAGAGAACUGCGAAGAAUCAAUCGACCAACAAAACGUUGGUAGAACAAAAGUAAUACAUUGGCGCAGCAUUUGCAAAAGAUUGACUUAAACAAGGAAGGAAGAAGGGUAAUUGUAUGAAAGUAAAACGAGAAAAUAAUAUCUUCGAGGAACUUGCAGGGGAACUUGGUUAACAGACAAUACUCUAUGUACAUGUGACGGAUUCUGCUCUACUUUUGUGACUUGACACACGAGAACGUUUUGCUGAGAUAUUCAUAUGUUGGUAGCAGUAUGCAUAACUUAGAGUUGCAGCUUGACCUACCGUAUCAGUCGAUCACUUUACAAGAUGAGUUAGGAUCUAUCCAGCCGCCGAGCAGCCGUAAGAUCCCCUGUCAGGUAUGUGGUGCGAUGUCGUCUGGUCUUCAUUUCGGAGUAUUCACUUGCGAAGGAUGCAAGUGUUUUUACAGAAGGAGCAUCCGAGAAGGGGCGAACUACGCAUGUGCGAAGGAACGAAGCUGCGAAAUCACCAUGGAAACGCGGAAUUCUUGUCGAUUUUGCCGAUUUCAAAAAUGUAUUGGUCUUGGAAUGUCAAAAGAAGGUAUCAAGUUAGGCCGCCGGCCGAAGGUAGAAAAUGAGCCUUUGCAACAUAUGUGCUACACAAACAGAAGAGACAUGGGUUCGAUACCCAUUGUAGCGGGAAGUCCACGGAGUCUGUCAUGGUCCCCAACAUUCAACUCGCAUAUGCCUGGACACCCGGACUACGUCCAGUCCAACUAUAAAGACCUGGAUAUCGAUGCCAUGUCCAAGUAUGGAAUCGGUUUACAUAGUGAGGGAUGCUAUAGCCUGAAACACGAGACAAUGUCCCAGUGCGACCAUUGUAACGAACCGUUCCCAAACCAGUAUCCAUACUCUGGUGGUCAUCAUGGUCAUGACGAUAUGGCGAGCUAUGGACCUAUGGAUGGGAUCGUACCAACUUCGAAUAUGACGUGGAAGAUGGAAGCUACGUAUAGCGCUACAAGCUGUGUUCAGAACAACUACUCCAUGAUGACGCGUUCUCCGGGCACGACCACGCCCAUCAAUUCAACACAAGGGGAUGCUUGGCAAGUAUCCCAGCAAAGUCCCUCGACCAUAAGUGAGGUGUCAUCCGAUGACCAGUGGGACAACGGAGUCAGACCACAUUCAGGAACGGCACCGGUGAGCUUGACAAUCCCUGAGGUGCAAGCAGGAGCUGUAGCUGCUUUGGCAUAUGCCAACCUUUAUAGAGACAAGACGGUAGAUCAAUCCGAAGACCACAACCAGAUGAUAUCCACAGCUGAUAGAGUAGGUGAUUCAAACCCUGCGGAUAUCGGGCAUUCAAAAAGCUAUACGGAAUUGGUUCCUCGAAGGACAGCUUCUUGUGAGGACAACUAUGAAUCGGAGUGGCAUAGUCAGCGACUAGACCUUCCUCCAAAAUGCCAAGCAGAAAAUAUAGCCAUUAACCAUCUUGCGUCAUGUAAUAAUGAACGAUCAGAUCUUAAAGAUCAAAAUAUUGUUUCUUCUAGAAUACACACAUCCCGGGAAGAACCUCGUAAACGUGGAUUCGCAAUGACUCUCCUACCUAGUACCUACAUGAAGAGAAAGAAGCAUUGGUCAGAUGAUGAACAAUCGGCAGGUGAUGAUGAUGACGAUGAUGAUGCUGAUGAAAAUUACGAUCAUGAUGACGACGGAGAAGGAAGCUAUGAUGAAGAAACAGGAGAAAUACAACACGAUUCUGAUAAAAGCAGAUUAUCGGCAGAGCUCGUUGAGAGAUUGAUAGGUGCGUUUGUAGAUGUGACAAAGAACAUGCAACAACUGUGGCAGUACCAUCUUCGCAGCACCUCUUUGAUUGAAGACAAACUAUGUAACAAGGACAUGGAUACCUUUGUUCAAGAAAAGAGAGACGAAAUCCAGAAGAUAAUUACUGGCUAUUCCUAUAAAGUUUAUGGUAAUUUACCUAUAUCAUACUACAACGAGAGAGCAUUCCAUGUGAUAUCACGCCUAUGCUUGCUACGUGAUACCAAACAUGAAGAAAAUGAGGAGAAAUACAAGGCUAGAGCAACGCAGAAAGCUGCCGUCCUCUGCGCUCUUUCUAUCGUGCCGUCAGGGGGCGCUGUAUCACAUCAGCUUUCAUCGAGACAAAAACAUUUAUACACCGCUCUAUUAAACUCUCUCAAAGGAAAGCAAAAUGGAAACGAUGCUAUAUGAACUGAAUCCACAGCACUCACGUGAAGACGAAUUGAUAAGCACCGUAUCAAGGAAUAGGACCAUCCACCUCCAAUGGGUCAAAGAGAGAUUUCCUCACCCCAUUUACCCGCUUGUAUUUAUCUGGAAAAGCUUCUAUAAUUGUGAUCAUUUAUUAUUUUUGGGAAGGUAUGAAAUUGUAUGAAAUGCAAUGCACUUGGCAUAUUCAAACACGCAGAAAAUUAAGUUCUAUGAUCAUGUAUGCCAGAACUAAAGUUUGUAAAUAUACAGUUUUUACUCUUGAAAGUGUCCCCCCCCCCCCCCUUUUGAAAGUGAGGACUUUUUUUGCUUGUCAAAUUUUCCGCGGACGAGAUGACCUUCAAUUUUAGGUAAAAACACAAUUAUUGACUCGAUGUGGAAUCUAAUGAAUAUCAAUUUGUCCUUUAUUUUCUUUGGAAAACGAUUUAAGUUUUGGAACCGAAUACCCAGGUUUCACUACAAGCGCGCACUGAGCUCGAGUAGCCUGCCUGAGACUGAGUUAGAUCAUGGACCUAGGUCUGACGUCGCGUCCAUGGUAACUUAGAUCUAGACCUACGCCUGUUCGCGCUAUAGCGCUAGACUACGAAUUUAGCGUCUGUUAUUGAUCGAAGCCAAAGCCAAAGAGGGGAAAGAAAAGUCAACAAACUGCCGUAUUCUUGUCAUAUUCCAUGCCAUUUGGUAAUUGUGAAUGUUGCUGACGGUUACUGAUAUUUCACAGAUGGAACUUUACGUGAAAUAUUCAAAUAUUUUACAACGAUGUUGUUGGCAUUAUUUACUUCGGUCCCACGUGUGUCAUUUGGUGUAAUAGAUCUAUAGAUAGAUCUACUACUUUACUAGAGAUUCGUGCAUUCAUGGUACGUAAAUCGCUCGACGCAAAAGAAACGCUGACUUGGCCUGUGUGGUAAACUUAUGCCUAAAGGAUUUGGAUGUGGAUAGGAGAGAGUACAGACCGGCUACAUGUUGUAUGUACAGCAAACAACAUGCUCUGUGAUUUAUAACGCUAUCAUCACUCCAGACUGAUUCAUGCAGAUUCAACAGAAGAAACGGCUGUCAAACAUUCGGAGCAGUCGUCAUAAGAAUAACCCAGUACUUGAUAAAAAGUGUGAAAGAAGCACAUUGCAGUUAAAAAUUGCUAAGAUAUUUAACUAUGUUGGAGUUGUAUUCAUUCUGUUGUUACUCUUUGUAUCAUCGACUACCGUUACUUUUUUUACCAUCCCUGAAGUAGUGGAAAAACUUGGUUUCAUUGCAUGGAAGCACCUGAUGUUUACCACAUUUGCCUUGGGAUCUACCUUUGCAAAUUUUCUACUGGCUGUAUUUACAAACACGUCAAUACCAAGCAAUUAUGAGUUAAGAGGAGGGACUAAGACUUCACUGCCAAUCCGUGCCCAUUAUUGUAGUUUGUGUAAAUCUGCAAUUCUGAAACAUGAUCAUCACUGCUAUGUGCUUGGAAAGUGCAUUGGGUAUCAUAAUCAGAAGUAUUUCAUCUGGUUUUGCUGGUACUCGAUGGUGACGGCUUUCUACUCUUUGUUCCUGACGGCCUUGUACCUGAGUUUAGCCCAUUCGGUGGAGUUCCCUGGUGCCUGGACCUACUUUCUCCUUCUACCCAGGGCUGUGGUAGGCUGGUUUUCUGGCCAUACUGAUGUAAUGGAGCUUGCAUUUACUCUGCUACUCUACAUCCAAUUGGUCGGUGGCUUUGUAGCUGCUGGGUUCUUUGUAUGGCAGAUUUUCUUGGUAAUAACAGGGUUGACAACACAUGAGGCCCUCUAUGGAGAGAAGUUUAGACUGAAACGCCAGGCAGGAAUGUACGCUAAAUGGACUGAAGUCUUUGGAAAAUACUGGUUUAUUGGAAUGGUUGUACCAUUGCCAUUCCCUCAAUGUGGUAAUGGGUUGUAUGAAAAACUGGAGAAUUGAGAAUCUAUGUUUAUGCAUGUAAUAUUUUGAGUUUGGAUUGAUUUUGCUAACCUUUUUUUUGUUUUGUCUACUGGGGAAGUCCUCAUGAUGAGUUCAUUGGGAUUAAAACUGUAAAAAAAAAUUAAUCAGCAAUUAAGGUUUGGUGAAAUUCUUUCAGAGGAUAAUAACAUCAUGCAUUAGAAGUUUGUAGCAUUAAGUGAGAGUUGCUCUCCCAUUAAGUUGUCAUUUUCAAAUUGGUCACAAUGACAUUAAUAAGUGUUUUGCAUACAUGUAGUAGUGUUAAUGAAAUUUUGCAGGGUUUAGCAGGGCUAAGAUUUUAAUUUCUGUGUUAACUUUGGAUUAAUUCUACUUUUCUUACAUGUACUUGGUAUUCAGUGGAUAAUCUACACAUGCUAUAAAAUAUCUAAUCACUAGCCUUGAGUUUUGGUUUUCAUAGAUGUUGGAUAUUUUCUUUGUUAAUACAAGUGAAAACUGAAAGUGUGGUAGAUCAAUUCUAACAAUACUGCAUUUCAGGAUGGUGUCCCUAUAUCUAAGUUCUUUUUCAAAACAUUUUAUAAAUAAUUCCUUUUUCAAAUAUAAAACAUAAUAUGCAAAAAUAUCCCUGCUAACCCAAAGGUAUUCCAGUGGUCUAAAGGACCUUAGUUCCAGCUUUUUUACUGUCCAUCAUUUAC